UGUGGGCGACUGCCCUCGACUCCUAUAAAGGUUGAAUCUAGCGCAAGCGCGUUCUAGUUUUUAUACAAGCACAGCCAAAGAAAGAAGGUUCUAGUGUGUGUAGUCAAAAUGUCACGCUACGGGCGGUAUAGCGGCGAAGCAAAGGUGUAUGUUGGUAAUCUGGGAACUGGUGCUGGCAAAGGAGAAUUGGAACGUGCAUUCAGUUAUUAUGGACCCCUGCGUACUGUAUGGAUUGCUAGAAAUCCCCCUGGGUUUGCAUUUGUUGAAUUUGAAGAUACAAGAGAUGCAGAAGAUGCUGUAAGGGGACUUGAUGGAAAGGUAAUUUGUGGCUCCCGAGUUCGUGUGGAGUUGUCAACGGGCAUGCCUCGCCGAUCAAGAUAUGAACGACCACCAGCACGGCGUCCCUUUGACCCCAGUGAUAGAUGUUAUGAGUGUGGUGAAAAGGGUCACUAUGCCUAUGACUGUCAGAGAUACAGCAGACGCAGAAGGAGUAGCAGAUCUAGGUCUCGGUCAUAUUCAAGAUCCAGAGGAGGACGAAGAUACUCAUCCCGUUCACGCAGCCGAAGCAGGAGGAGAUCCAGGUCUGCAUCUCCUCGAAGGUCAAGAUCUGCUUCACCUCGCAGGUCCAGGUCUCAGUCUCUCCGUAGGUCCCGAUCUGGCUCUAUCAAAAGAUCAAGAUCUAGAUCCCGAUCCAGAUCUGCAUCCCAUCCAAGAAGCAGCCGUUCUCCAUCCAGAAGUCCACGCAGAAGCAUGAGUGCAGAAAGGGAUGGCUUGUAACUUUCAAUGGAAUUUGUUUUGGACAGUUUUGCCACAGCCUUUGACUAGUUUGGGAUUAUUUUAACCUUUUCACUUUCCUACCAUACACAUGUAAUUGGCCAUCUGGAAGUGGAACUCUUGUAUUUUGUAAGCAAUUGUAUAUGGAUGUAUGAUCACAUAUUUUUUUUUUUUUUUUUUUUUCAACAAAAUGCAGCUGAAGGGAAGGUGCAUGGAUGCGCAGAUAUCAAAUUGGAUUUUAUUGCUAGUUUAUGGUAUAGCUUAUUUGCCCUCUACUUUGAGUCCUGUCUGAACAUCUUGCUCUUUGGAAUAAGUGACUUUAAACUGGUAUUUUCCUUAAGGGAUGAGCAACAUAUUUCAAGCAUUGUGGCUUUGUUUAGAAAGUAAAUUAAAUGUAAGGUUCUUGUCACCUGAAUCAAUGCAUAAUGAGCUUUAAAUUAAUGUUUUAGAUCUUAAACAUUGUAUGUUUGAAUAAAAUCUGUUCCUUGGA